AUUGUAACAUUUCAAAAUCAUUAGGAUCCAUCCACUGUCGCGCCACAACCAUCACUCUCCCCCAACGCAGCCUCCUCACUCGUGCGGCCACGAACCCAUCUGACGCCGCCGAGCAACCACUUACGAUGGCUCGGAGCCUGUCUUCCCGCCUUUCACUGCUUGCCAGACUCCCAAAACCUUAUUUCCAGCCUUCUACUUCUACUUCUCCAAGCUUAGAAACUAUCUCUGUUACACCUCCAAGCUGUUCAACCAGUCAAAUCAUUUGUGGCCUUAGUUCACGUUUUCAAGCAUCACGAUCAUACACUCGUGGUAACCGCAAACAUUAUGAUCUCUUUGGAAGUGCCAAGCCGGGCGAUGAUGAGUUUAGAAAAGCAUGGAAAAAAGAAAUGGAUGAAGAUAAUUGUGUAUGGACAGGUAGUGAAGAUGAAAGCGAUGGGGAAAAAGAAGGUCGGAAAGGUAAUCUUGAAGACGAGAUUAGGAAAGUAAGACAAAAGGCAAAGGAGCACUCCAACCUAAUCGAUGCCGAUGAUAGUGAUGAGUUAUAUAGUGUGUGGUCUGGAAGUGAUGAGGAGAAAACUCUGUGGACUGGUAGUGAAGGAGAUGACGAUGAUGAUAUUCCUACUGAAGCAUACCCAAACGAAGCUAGUGAUAAAUAUGUAGAUAAGCUAUUCGAGUUUGAGGAAACGUCCAAGUACCGAACAAUCUCAGAGAUGUUGAAAGCUGAACAGGAGCCGGAGGAGUUGUCCCCCGGGAAGCAGGCACGGAAACUUGCGGUGGAGAAUGCCUUAAAAAAGUUGAAGAAAGGGCCAGAUGGGCGUUACACUAAUGUGUGGGAGGUCAUGAGUGAUACAGACAUUCUAAUAGGGGCAUUUGAAAAUAUAGUCUCUGGACCAGAAUAUGCAGAGCUUAGACAAGGAGGGCCAAAGAGAUUGAAUAUGCAGUUUUUCAAAGAUAUUCAGGCACGGAUGAGGGAUCCAAACUAUAAGUUCUCACCCGAGUUGAAGUUGAAACCAAAGAGCAAAUUAGUUCCAAGAAAGAAAUGGCAGAAGGCAGAGUCUAGACGUAGAAAAGCACGAAAGCGAUGAGUUGCUUCCCUUAUUCUUUUACUCUCAAAAUUUACACAGUUACAUUAUUUAGCACGUUUUAUUUGUCUGUAUAAUUCAAUUGUAGUUACAUAAUUAUGCAGGCAUCUGUGACUAAAGAGACUUGUGAGGCUUG